AUGAGCAAGCCGUUAAAAUCUGACUGGGCCGAGGAGGACGAGUUUGAGCUCCCGCCUACGACUGAGACGCUCGGUGCGGACGGAAUCACGACGAUUGUCAGCUGGAAGCUGAACGAUGCUGGCAAGAAGGUGAAGGUGACGCGGCGAGUGCGCCGCAAGCUGCAGACGCAGGUUGUGUCGCACACGGUCGCCGAGCGCAAGCACUGGGCCAAGUUUGGUGACGACAAGGGCAAGCCCGCCGGACCGGACCGCCAGACGACGAUCAUCGGAGAGAACCUGCACUUCAAGAUUGCGCCCCUGAACAAGGCUGCUGCCCGCCGAAGCCGAGGCCGCCAAGCAGCCGGCGGGCAAGGCCGUCGUCUGUCGUCUCUGUAA